CAGCGCACAUUGGAACUCCUACAAUUGAUAAUGGCGGGUAUUACUUCAAACGUGCAUCAUUUUAGGAGAUAUAGCUAAUAUUGUGUAUGGAAAUUAAGACACGAAAAUUAAAAUACAAUUCAAUGGCAUGUUUUCGCCAGUAUUAUUGAAGAGACUCAAAGCGGCGACGGACGAACUUUAAGCAAAGACAACGUUACAUGUGAUGUGCUUGCUCCAGGUUCUGUAAUGAACUGAAACUAACUCAUGACAACGUGUGUUCGCCUCCAGCUAUUGUGGCGUUAAGAGAGCCGUUCUGUAGACGCCUACCUUACGGACUGAGCUCCCUGUUUGAAACCAUAGCUGAUGGGUAGUUAAAGUAGGAAGCUGAGUAGAAGACAGUCCACGCUGGUUAGUUAGUGCCCGUUUGGGACUGCUGCAUGUGGUUGACUGUCAAGUGUUGUGUUGUCCGAAGCAACCAUGGCUAACCCUUCCUUAAAGUCGUCAGUGUUUUUCAGCGUAUUACUUUCAGUUAUUUAUGUCAUCUCUGCCUCGAAAUUAAAUAUUCCCAAAGUAUUGUUGCCGCUUGCCCGAAGUACCAGAAUAAACUUCACAUUAGAAGCAACGCAAGGUUGCUACAGAUGGUCCUCCACUAGACCAGAGGUGGCAAGCAUUAAGGCGAUCAAUGGAGACAGCAGCAGAGAUUGUUCCCGGAGUGCAGUGCUCCAGGCCUUCUCCACUCAGCCUUCCAGACUGACCAGCAUAAUACUGGCCGAGGAUGUUGUGACCGGGCAGGUAUUGCGCUGUGAUGCGAUCGUGGACAUCAUCAGUGAGAUCAAGAUCUCGUCGACCACCAGAGAACUGCACCUGGAGGACUCGCCGCUGGAGCUGAAGAUCCACGCCCGCGACUCUGAGGGGAACACUUUCAGCACUCUUGCAGGGCUUGUGUUUGACUGGACAAUAGUCAAAGAUGCAGAUGUGGAUGGAUACUCUGACUCUUACAACUCCUUGCGGGUCCUUAAAUUCUCUGAGUCCACGUACACACCUCCAGGGUAUAUCACUGAGAUGGAGCGCGCCGGGAAACAGGGAGACAUUAUUUUGGUGUCUGGACUGAAAACCGGGCACGCCAAAUUAAAAGCCAAGAUUCAAGAGUCUCUAUACAAGGAUGUAGGUGCUGCAGAGGUGAAACUGCUGAUACUAGAGAACAUCCUGCUGAGUCCUGCUCAUGACGUCUACCUGCUGGCAGGCACCUCCAUCAAGUACAAGGUCCAGAAGAUCCGGCAGGGCAAGAUCACAGAGCUCUCCAUGCCCUGUGAUCAGUACGAACUCCACCUGCAGAACAGCGUGGUUGGGGGGACGACGACCCAAGAGCUAUCUGUGGCCAGCCUGGACCCCACCAGCUCCACGGUCACCGGCCUCCAGCUCGGACAUGUCAACGUGGUCCUCGAUCACAAGAGUCUUCGCAUGCAAGGAGUGGCACGCCUGCCCAACAGCACCCUCUACGUCGUUGAACCCGGCUACUUAGGUUUUAAGAUUCACCCAGGGGAAAGUUGGGUUCUGGAAACAGGCAGGGUGUAUGAUAUUGUUGUUGAAGUAUACGACAAGUCUGGGAAUAAGAUCUACCUCUCUGAUAAUGUUCGCAUUGAAACUGUAUUUCCUGGGGAGUACUUUGAAGUUGUGGAGUCUUCCCUAAAUGGAUCGUACCACCGCAUCAAAGCACAGAGAGAUGGCCAAACCCUCAUAGAUGCUACGCUCCGCUCCGUCGUGGAUCAAAGGGGAGGGGUUCAUGCACUUGUCAACCCAGUUCACAAUGAACAGGAUGUUGAAAUCUAUAAUCCCAUAGUUCUCAGUCCCAGAAUUCUGACGUUUCCAUGGCAGCCUAAGGUCGGCUCAUACCAGUAUACAAUACAGGCUGCGGGUGGCAGCGGCAAUUUCAGCUGGUCCUCAUCCAACACGGCUGUUGCCACGGUGACGGUUAAAGGGGUGAUGACGACCGUCAGCGACAUCGGCGUCAGUGCAGUGUACGCUCACGACAUGCGCAACCACCUGCACUACGGUCAGAUGAAGGUGUAUGUGGUGGAGCCCGUGGCCAUGGAUUUCUCUCCGUGUCCGGUGGAGGCCAGGGUGGGCAACGUGCUGGAGCUGCCCUUGCGGAUCUUCGGCCUGCUGGGCGAGGGGGGCGAGGUGGCCUCGGGGGAGAGGGUCAUGCUGAGCGACUGCUCGCACUUUGACCUGCAGGUGGAGGACGAGAACCACGGCGUCUUUGAGCUGCUGGAGGGCCGGCUGGCUCCGGGCCAGGGCCACUGCAGUGGGGUGAGGAUGAAGGGCCUGGCCACGGGCUACACCGUCCUGACAGUCAGCUACACCCACGGCAACGUCCAUCUCAGCGCCAAGAUCACGGUCGCUGCCUACCUGCCGCUCAGAGCGGUUGACCCCGUUUCGCUGGCCCUGGUGACCCUGGGCUCGUCCAAAGACAUGCGCUUCGACGGCGGGCCCAAACCCUGGCUCCUGGAGCCCUCCAAGUUCUUCCGCAACUUGAGAGCGGAGGACGACGACAGCGUGAGCCUGUCUGUGGCCGGACCCCCGUCCCACAACCACAACCCCCACUGGGUCAGGGCGACCUGCAGGGCCCUGGGGGAGCAGGUUUUGGAGCUGUCGGUCGGGAACCAGCCCAGUCUCACCAAUCCCUUCCCUGCUGUGGAGCCUGCGGUGGUCAAGUUUGUGUGCGCCCCGCCGUCUCGCCUCACCUUGGUGCCUGUGUACACCAGCGCCCAGCUUGACCUCACCUGUCCCCUGCUGCAGCAGAACAAACAAGUGGUGCCUGUCUCAAAUUACCACAACCCAGUUCUGGACCUGGCCGCUUUCGACCGCCAGGGAAGGAGGUUUGACAACUUCAGCUCUCUGAGGAUAGAGUGGGAGUCGACCAAAUUCAACCUGGCCAGCAUCGAACCCAGCAUGCCCAUGGAGCUGCUGCUGUCUGAGGACGGCCACAGCCAAAUGAAGCUUCACGGUCGUCAAACGGUGCUGGUCCACCACCAGACUGGGAUCGCCGGCAUCACCGUCAACGCUCUGGGUUACCAACCACCACACCUAGACGCUGCAAAGGCUCUCAGUCCGUAUGACCCCUUGACCCCUGUUUCAGCCACACUGGACCUCCUAUUGGUUGAAGAUGUGACGAUUACGCCCAGUGCAGUCACUAUAUAUAACCACCCUGACGUGCGGGCGGACCUGUCCUUGCGCGAGGGCUCCGGUCACUUCUUUGUCAACACCAGCCUCAAAGGCGUGGCGGAGGUGACGUUCCAAGGCGCGGUGGGAACGGCCCAGGUGGUCCCGGUGAGCGCCGGCACAGUGAAGGUGAUGGUGCACGACCUCUGCCUGGCCUUCCCAGCGCCCGCCACGGCCGCUGUGCACGUGUCUGACAUCCUGGAGGUGUACGUGCGUGUGGUGGACAAGGUGGAGAUCGGUAAAUCUGUGAGAGCCCACGUGCGGGUGCUGGAUGACGACAAGAAGCCGUUUCCUGCUAAAUAUUUCAACUUCAUGAAUCUGAAACUCAAGGCGGCCUCCGGCAUCGUGUCCCUGCAAGCCGAGGUGUCUGAGAGAGACACGGCCGUCUUCCUGGUGAAGGGGCUCUCCAUCGGCCAGACCACUGUCUCCGCUGUGGUGGUGGAUAAAAAUGGCAGGAAAAUUGCAUCCGCCCCUCAGCAGAUCGAGGUGUUCCCGCCAUUCAAGCUCAUCCCGAGAAAGAUGACUUUGUUAAUUGGAGCCAUGAUGCAGAUCACUUCCGAGGGCGGGCCCCAGCCCCAGUCCAACAUCAUCUUCUCCAUGGCCAACGAGGAGAUCGCCUCCGUGGGGGGGAUCGGCCACGUCAAGGGCCUCACCGUGGGGAACGUCACGGUGACCGGGCUAGUCCAGGCUGUGGACACAGAGACCGGGAAGCUGAUCGUGGUCUCCCAGGAUCGAGUGGAGGUUGAAGUGGUGCAAUUAAGAGCCAUUAGGAUCCGGGCCCCCAUUACCAGGAUGAAGUCCGGGGCUCAGAUGCCCGUGUAUGUGAUGGGUCUCACCACCAGUCAGACACCCUUCUCCUUUGGCAACACGCUGCCUGGCCUCCUUUUCCACUGGUCCACCACCAAGAGAGACAUCCUGGACGUCCAAUCACGCCACAGCGAGGCCAACAUCCACCUGGCUGCCGAGCACAACUUUGCCAUGAGUGUGACGGGCAGAACCAGGGGCCGCACCGGCCUCAAGGUGGUGCUCAGAGUCACCGACCCCACCACCGGACAGCUGGCCGGGGGAGCACAGGAGCUGAGUGACGAGGUGCAGAUCCAGGUCUAUGACAAACUGCACAUGGUUAAUCCACAAGUGAAGGGAGAGGAAAUACUGAUGGCUCCCAACUCAUUCCUCAAACUCCAGACGAACAGGGACGGCGUGAGCGGCCUGUCCUACAGGAUGCUGGAGUGCCCUGACCAGGCGGUGGUGGCGCAGGUGGACGAUAAGGGCUCCCUCUCCUCAGGCUCCCUCACGGGCUCCUCCUCCCUGCUGGUCACCUCCCAGGAGGCCUUCGGUGUCAAUCAAACCCUGAUCCUCGCCCUCAAGGUGCUGCCCGUCUCCUACGUGCGCUUCAGCACCAGCCCGGCGCUGCAUACGUGGUCCCGGGAGACGCCGACCGCCAUCCCCCUGGGCAUGGCGCUCACCUUCACCGUCCACUUCCACGCAAACACCGGCGAGACCAUGCACUGCUCCAGCUCCAUGCUCACCUUCUCCACCAACCGGGAUGACCUGGUGCAGGUGGGCGCCGGCCCGGCCAACAACACCCUGACGGUGCGGACGGUGAACGUGGGCCUCACCCUGCUGGCCGUGUGGGACCGGGAGCAGAUGGGCGUGGCCGACUACCUCCCGCUGCCCGUGGCGCACGCCAUCGGGCCCCCGGAGGCGCAGGCGCUGGUGGUGGGCGACGUGGUGUGCUUCGCCACCCAGCUCACCAGCCCAGAAGGGUCACUGGGCACGUGGAGCUCCUCAGCCAGCGGGGUCCUCGAGGUGGACCCUCAGUCGGGCACGGCCGUGGCCAGAGACUCGGGCGUGGCCACCGUGUACUACGAGGUCCCCGGCGGCCUCCACACCUACAGAGAGGUGGUGGUGGAGGCAGCCACAGGGAUGGUGGUGAUUGCCCAGCCAGGUCCUGUGAGGAGCAACAAGGCCAGCAAAGUGUUGAUCGCUACCAGAGAGAAGGGCACCAACCUCAUAGGUUCCUGCUCCGCGGCCCAGACGGACGCCAUCGUCCAGCUGCACCCGGAGACCUCCGUCAGCUGCCACGUCAGCUUCACCAGCGACGCCGUGGACUUCCCCGCCGAGCGAGUGUUCUCCACGCACACCGCCUUCGACAGCAGCGCCGGUCUGUACUCGUGCACCCUGGAGCCGCGGCCGCUGGGCGAGCAGCAGACGCGCCUGCUGAGCGUGUCCAUGACCCAGCUGCUGGUGGCGGCCGGCCUGAGCGGCGCCGUCUCCCCGGGGGCCCAGGGCUCCGCCCGGCUGGCCUUAGAGCCCGGCCUGUACCCGGACCAGACGGAGCUGAUGCUGUCCAGCGCACACCCCACCGCCGAGCUCACCGUGUACGGCCCCGCCGCCGCCCUGGCCGGCCUGGAGGUGUCGUCCUCCUCGGCCAGCGUGGUGGUGCAGGAGAAGGAGACGCACACCGGCGCCUACCCCACCUUCUCCAAGUUCACGGUCACCGCCACAGACUCCCAGGCAGCCUACUACCCCGCCUCGUCCGCCGUCCUCUCCGUCAGCAGCCCCGCAGCCGGCCAGACGCUCCACAUCCCCGUCACCCUGACCCUCGGGGACCACCGCGGCUCCGCCAUGCAGGGCUCGUCCCCUGGCCCCUCCCUGCAGAGCGUCAUCGACUCCUACCAGAUGUGGUUCUUCACCGUGUUCGCCCUGCUGGCUGCCACCGCCAUCAUCAUCAUCGUGUGCCACGCCGUGUUCUCCCCCCGGGACCAGGGCCACCACGCCGCCGCCUUCGUACAGAGGUCCCCCACCGCUACAGGAUUCGGCUCCCCAGUGGCGGACCCGUUCAACCACACAAUCCCCUUCUCCGACCCGAAGACCAGCCCCAAGUUACGCCUCUUCUCCCCCGACUACCGGUCCUGAUGAGCUGGUGUCCCUGUCUGUUUGUCUGUCUGUCCGUCCGUCCGUCCGUCCAAGAGAAACAUACCACUAGUCAAUUUACUUUUGAAUGUCCCUCAUUUUCAAGUUGAUGAAUGCCGUUGGAAAGGCCAACAAAUUCAACUUGACAUUCUGACAAUUUCGUUAAUUUUAACGACGCAAUUACAUUGUAUGGCGGCAGACUGAGUGUGUGUGGCUCACUGGACCUUUUGUAGCUGUGUGUGUGUGUGUCAUGUUUUUUUUUUAUGCAAAGUGCAUCUUAAAAUAUAUAUUUAUAUGCACUUAAUGCCCAUGUUUUUGAUUGCGUUUGAAUUUGAUAACUCAAUUGAAAAAUUUAAAUUGAGUGCGCUUUAUAAUGCUCUGCCUCUGUACUACUCGACAUGAAGUAGUGUACAACGUUUGGUUUGAGGUGAAAUGUAAUCUCAGGAUCUGUGAUAAUUGCCGUGGCAUUCAUCUGCAAAUAUAAACUUGAUGUUUAUUUCACUGUUAUAGGAAACUUCGUGCCAGUUUAGCCAGUUGUGUUUCGUUUUACUGACUGAGUGAUAAACCCUUUCAAUGUGCACAUCAAAACCAACUAACGGUUUGGGAGUUUUAUUUCUCUGGCAAGCUUUCCGGUCAUCAGAAUUCAGAAUCUAGAAGGACUGAUACAUUUGUUUGUUUCUUUAGCCAAAGUCAUUCAGCUCUACUUUUACUAAACAAUGUGAAAUCAUCAACAAAUGUGAAGCAUCUUUCAGCUCUUAAUUUGCUUUCUGUAAUUUCAAUUGGUGUUAUUUCGAUAAUUUGUGUAGCAGGCUUCUCGGAUCCUAACUUUGCUUUAAAGAUUGGUACAUGGAAGUUUUAUGAUUUGCAUUUGAAGAACAAUUGUAUUUAUGUUAGUUAGUUUGAAGAGGAGAAGUUGUUCCUGUGAGUAAAUAAGAUGCUGAUAUUUUGUUAAUUAGGCGUGCCUUACACCAACUGAAUUGCAUAAAGAGCUUGUUUGUUAAUUAAAUCUGUCUUAUACCACC